AUGAAGGUAGAUGAUAUAAUUGUUGACCAACAAUGGAACUUUAGCCCUGUGGAGAAUAUACUAGAUGAUGAGGAAAAGGUGUGGAUUAGUUCGGUAAGAAUACCUGUUGUGCAGGGGGUUGACAAGUAUGUUUGGUUGGGGAGUAGGGAUGGCACUUAUCCUGUGAAGCUGGGUUAUAAGGCUACUGGGAGGGAGGAGGGUAGUAUGAGUCAGUUGGAGAGAAAGGAAAGAAGGAAAGGGAUCGUUGAUUCGGAUGUCAGAUUAUUAUCCUGGCAAAGGCCUCAGGCAGGGGUUGUAAAGAUCAAUGUGGAUGGUGCUUUUUGUCCUAGCAGGAAGUGUGCGAGCAUUGGUCUGCUUGGUAGAGAUAGUGCAGGAAGGUUCCUAGGAGGAGUGGGGAAGAUGGUGGUUGCUGAUUCUGCUUUCAUGGCGGAGUGUUUAGCUUUUAUGGAAGCUCUCCAGAUUAAGGACAUCUUUAGUGAGGGUAAAGUUGUGAUUGAGACUGACUCCCAAUUGUUGUUUAAAAGGCUUAGAAGUGGUGACACAAAGGGAUGUGAGUGGAACUGUACUGACGUGCUGAAGAAGUGCUUGGAGAUUGGAGGUUCUGCUAGAGAUUGGUCGAUGUCCUUAGUUUCUCGAAAGGGCAAUAAUGUUGCGGAUCUCAUUGCAGCUAUGAUAAUGAGGGAUAUGGUACCACAAGGAUGGCUUGACAAGCCACCAUUCUCUCUUUUGGAAGUUUUGAGACAGGAUCUUCAAAAUCCUAGCACUGAUGCUGGCGUGAAGAAAGGAAUCGGCUGA